CAAGGUGAGGAACCACAGCUGGACCCUGAAGGGCCAGGCUCUACUGCGCUGGCAUCAAACCAACAGGUUCUGUAGUGCUACAGGUCAGCCGACCCGCCGCAAUCAGGCAGGAAGUCAGAGAGUCUGCAGCAGCAGUGGCAUUGUUUACUAUCCAAAGAUGUCUCCGGUGGUGAUUGCCCUGGUGUCUGAUGGGAAACGCUGUUUGUUGGGCCGACAGUCAUCAUUCCCUCGGGGGAUGUACAGUGCUCUGGCUGGCUUCUGUGACAUGGGUGAGUCUCUGGAGGAGGCUCUGUGCAGGGAGGUGGCGGAGGAGGUGGGUCUGGAGGUUCAGAGUGUCUCCUACAGCUCCUCACAGCACUGGCCUUUCCCUCACAGCUCCUUCAUGCUGGGCUGUCAUGCCACUGUUAGCCCCGCCCACACCCAGGUGAAGGUGGACCACACAGAGCUGGAGGAUGCUCGCUGGUUCAGUCUGGAGGAAAUCACAUUCGCCCUGCAGGUGAAGACUCCACCCAGAAGAGGUGAGAGCCCUGUCCUCUGGCUUCCACCAAAACACGCCCUCGCCAACUGUCUCAUCACAGAGUGGGUAGACCGGCAGCAACACAGCAAGGCUGAAGAGUAACACACAAACUCUGACUGUAUGUUUCUAUCAUACAAUAAUCAUCCAGACUGAUGAUGCCCGACAGCCAAAAUCUCUUCUUCAUAAGCGCAACCAAGAAUCAUGCAACUUUGUGGGGGACAGGUCUGGAAAUACAAGUCAGAAGUUUUCAAACUGUGAGGUCACCAGGGCAGUGCGACAGUACAGGGAGGAGACUGACUGACUUUAAAACGCUUUGAGCCCGAUUGUUUCGGUUUGAGUCAAAUAUCAUCCCCUUCUCAGAGUCCAUCCUCAGUGAGAUGUAAACACAGAAAGGAAACCAGUGUUGAUCUGAUUCAGCGAGACUGAUGCCCUUCCAGAGUAAACGUCCAUAAAUCCGCUGAGAACCCACAGGAGAGGCUGCAGAACCUGCCUGACAAUCCUCCUGUAUCACAAGCACAGUUUUGUGAAUGUAGAGUGUAAUCCCAGCCAUGCGUGUGCUUGUUUCUGAUUUCUCCACGGGUUUCUGUGAAAGUCUGUUCAUGCCAAAAGUUUUGAAAGCGCACAAAAGUUGAGGAUCUCAUUGCCCACUCACAUCAUCUGUUACACAUGAUUCUGCCCUGCCUCGCUCUAAAACCCGUUUCUGCUCUUACAUCUUUUAAAAGUUUUAUCAGCCAAAAUGUCUUACUGCGACUCUGAUGCCAGUCAAAUAACUCAGUAAAAUAUAAGUGGCAAUCAAAAAAGAAGAAUCAGAAUCAGCUUUAUUGGCCAGGUGUGUUGGACACACAAGGAAUUUGACUGUGGUACAAAAGUAAGGGGAAAUUGGGCAUCCUUGCCUUAUACCACUUGAUAAUUUAAAUCUUGGUAACGUUCCAAAUUUAAAAUUUGAUAGAACACAUGUUAUUGUUAUAUAAGGUUUUAAUUGUUUUGCAGGAAUGGGGCCCAGAACCACAUU